AUAGUAGUAGCGGUCGCGGAGGAGGUGGCUCAGAGAGUGGUAGUGAGACGACAGUAGGGGACACGACGGUGACUCGCGCGCGCGACACGACGGAAGAGAAUCGGCAAGGACUAAUAAACGCGUACGUGCGAUGUUAGCCGUUCGACGAGCUCUCGCGACGUGUUACAUUCUUUCUUCCUCGUGCGCGCGUUCCCGCGUCACGCCGAUGCGAGUUGGAGAAUCGUGCCAAGCUUCUCGGUAAAUCGCGACGCGAUAUCCUAGAAAUUUUUAACCCGCGGGCAAUAAUCAACCGCAUCAUGUUCUGGACGAAUAAUUACGUGUCAUCGCCGCAUAUAGAGGCACUGCUCAACAAAGAGGAUGUCACGCUGUACGAGUUGAUGGACGAGGAGGACAUCCUACAGGAAUGCAAGAGUCAGAAUAAAAAGUUGGUCGAGUAUCUUACGAGGCCUGCCGUUAUGGAAGAAUUGGUGACAUUAGCUACUAAAGAACCAUCCACGGACGUUGAGGAACGUUGGCGUUACAAGUAUCCUAAUGUCGCCUGCGAGUUGCUCACAUGCGAUGUGCCUACAUUGAAUGAGAAAUUGGCAGGUGAUGAGGCACUUUUGGCCAAAUUAUAUUCUUUCAUAGAUACUGAUCAGCCUCUAAAUCCACUACUUGCAUCAUUUUUCAGUAAAACUAUUGGAGUGCUUGUUGCGCGUAAAAGUGAUCAGAAUUGGUAUUCCUAUCAGUUCACAUGCUUACAGGUUUUAGAAUUUCUUAAAAGUCGCCAGAGAUGCGUAGAUUUACUGUUGCAACAUUUAGAAACUUCUGCUAUUAUGGAUCUAGUACUGAAACUUGUUACUCAGGUCGAAGGCAGCGAUAUGCGUCAAAACAUAUUGAAUUGGUUAGAUAGUCAACAUUUAGUGCAGAGAUUGGUAAAGUUGUUAGCACCUACUUCAGAAUCUGCCAAACAUGCCAAUGCAGCACAGUUACUUUGCGAUAUGGUGGCAGUGGCCAGAGAAAAUCAACGUACAUCCACAGAGCGUACUGAUCCAGAUCCUAUUUUAAAUACUCUAGAAUCAGGAGAAACUGUGAGCCUAUUAUUAGAAACUAUUCUGACUGGAGAAAAAGUAGAAACUAGUAUCGUUGGUGGAAUACAAGUGCUUUUGGUACUUCUAGGUCAAAAAGCUAGCAAUGUGUCAAACGAGGGAGACAUACAUGGUAAUGGCGAUGACAUCGCGGAUAAUGAGCAACGUAUUAAAAUUUCGAAUGCUAUUUUACCGUAUUUGGAACAUCUUCACAAGCUUCUUUUGGAUCCGCCAUAUAAACCUGCCGUAAAAACAACCAUUGGACUUUUAGACUGUCCAUUAGGGAAUACUCGUUUGCAUGUAGCAAAGUUGUUAAGUGCAUUAUUGUCGACGGAAAAUUUAAAGAUCCAUGAAAGUUUAGCAAAUUUGGGAACAUUCCAAACAUUAUUGGAUCUGUUUUUCAAAUAUACAUGGAAUAAUUUUCUACACACACAAGUACAACAGUGCCUGGCCUUAGCUAUUAAUUGCGGAAAUCGGGAUAAUGAUAUUAUUUAUAAUAAUAUAUUUAUCAAGUGCAAAUUAAUAGAGAGGAUCUUAGAAGCAUGGGACAAAAACGAGAGUAAACAAACCAAGGAAAAUGGUAUUCGUCAGGGCUAUAUGGGACAUUUAAUAAAUAUCGCGAACAAUAUUGUUACCCAGUGCGAGAAAAGUAAUAUACUGGCCAGCUUUUUGAAGAACAAUUUGUCACCCGAGUGUCUUAGUAAAUGGGAAAAUCUUGUGAAUACACAAUUGAUGGAGAUUAAUAAAGUUCAUCAAACUGUGAUGAUGGGCGAUCGAACUCCAAUGUACCUGAUGAGCUCCGAGGAAAAUCCGGACGAGUUUAAUCCUUACUCGCAGGAGAUAUACGUCCAACAGAUGUACUCCAAUUAUCAGGGUCAACAAAUAACGCCUCCGUUCAUCGAAAACUUUGGAUUCCACGACGACGAGUUUAACGAUGGUGACGAUGCGCUUCAUAAUCCAGUUGACCAAUUAACAACGUUGGCCUUUACUCUCAGUGAAGAAGAUCUCGACAAGCGGGAAGAGAUGUUCAAUAAGCUGUGCCAACAAAAACAAAAAGCCGGGCUUGAGGACUGUGGCAGCGGCCUAGAAUGGGGCGACGAGGGCGAACUCACGUUCCAGACCGUGGUGGACAAGCGGGAUUGGCACUCCAAGCAACAGCAUCAAGACUCCAGUUCGUCGGACGAGGAUGACGAAGAUCCGCACGACGUGCACAUGGAAGUCGACACGACUGAUCCUUGGGAUACUACCGAGCCGCUACCGAAUACCGGUACCAUACUUCCACCAGUUAAUCCGUGGGAUGUGGCGUCAUCAGAGCCAGUGGAAUCCACUGGUUGGGCCAAUUUUGAAAAUUUUGAGAAUACAUUGAGUAUAGAGAACACAGCAGGCGAAAAUAAAAAGACGAUGUGCGACGAGCUUAAAACGGCAUCAGAAACGACGGCUGCAAACUUAACAGAGAAGGAUAUGGCUUUUAGCGAAAGUUUUGAAGAGAGCGACGAAAAAAACAGAGACUGCAUAAGUAAUCAAGUGAUUGGAACGGAUUUACCAGCUAUGGAAACUAACCUCAGCAGCAGCAGCAGCAGCAAAAUCGAUGAGAACAUAGUGAUCUCCGCGGAUGAGAAUAUCAAUUCUAACAAAUUGCCGGAUAACAGGAAUUUCAAGAGCGAAGAGAAGAUCGAAAACGUAAAGGACGUCACGGAGGACGCCAUAGAGAAGGCAAAGCCGUCGAUUGAACAUGAAGUUUCAAUAGCAACAACUUCUCUGAAAAGCACGUCCGCCGACACCGCCAAUUCCAUGUCAGUGUCUAAAGACGCUAAAUGAAAUGACGUAUCCCGCUGCCUAUGUUAGAUAUGAUCUAUGGCAAUAGGAAGAGAAAAUCAUAUCAGUAUCGAAUCAAGUACGUGAGAACGAUCGGAAGCAUAUACGCCUUCUCUAUUUUUUAUUAGACACCACGUUAAUUAUGCUUUAAGAAAACGUUAAAGCUGGGCGCACACUGCAGUCACGCUGCAGAGUAUUUCUCUUCGAAUAAAUCCGAAAUGCCGAAAAUGAUCGACACGCUCAACUAUAGUGAAUAAUUUGAUGUUUAUUAUAAAUAGGUACAUAUAUCCCUUUCCCCACUCCAUCCCUUUUUCUCUACGAAUGGUUAACAUUUACAAGUAUUCCUCGCGAAAGUGAGGGCCCCUUCCCCUAUCCCGUAUAUAUUUUACGGUUAUUAUUAAGAGUUUCGUAAAUUGUUAUUUAUACGUAGAUAACUGGUCUCUAUCAAAAUAAAAAAAAAGAGCAAAGCAAAGAAUGGACACGACAAGAAUGAAUCGCAAUAUUGCGAUUUUUGCGCAAUUUAUACAGGCAAUUUAUAGAGCACCAUGACAGAGAGAGAGAGAGAGAGGAGAGGAGACGAGACGUUAUAAAUUUCGCCGGAAUCCACUCACGACGUGUAAUCGAUUUUUCAUGAGACAUCUAGUACUCCAUAUACAUUUGUACAUUAUAGAAACGUGAGGGUAGAGAAACAAGAGAGUUGUUGAGAACUGUAACGCUGUUUGAUAUAUGUAAGAUUGGUAUUCUUCACGAACUGGUGCUUUUGCUUAUUCCUUCGAUAAGGCAAAGGUACUUAGGUGCAGUGCCUACUGUCGUAAUUGAAUGUACGUUAGUUCAACAAUGCGAUACGAGCAGAACAAAAGAAAGAAAAGAGAGAAUCGAGAAUAUUUUUAUUACCUUUUGUCGUAAUAUUUGGUCGAAAUUUGUACACUAUACUAUAUUAUUAAUCGGGGCUGUCGAACUUGCGCGCUUAUUUGCAUUCCAAUAAAAAAAGAGAAAAAAGAUUUCUACGUACGUUUAAACGACUGUUAAAGUCUUUCACGAAGAUCUUCCACAAAUAAAUAGCGUUAAAUUGCAGAAACUAAUAUGUGUGUUGCGCAUGCUCUCCGACCGAGCUAACUUACUACGUAUAUCUAUCAUUCUGCGAAUUAUGUUACCUGAUUGUUCCGCGACUUUCUUCUGCCUCGCAGGUUUUGCAGCAGCAAUGUGUUUAUAGCGUUGUACACGAAAUAUAUUGUUCAUAAUUAAAUGAUAAAA